UUUUCUGAAAGCACUAAAAACUAUAGUAUUAUUGUUUGCCUCGUGGGUUUUGUUCCCAACCAGGAGAAAAACCAAGUCCAGGCCUCCUGUGCAAAAAUCUGUUGGAAUCUUUUACACAUGCUGCUGUUGAGAUCUUCAUCAUCUACUAUCAACCCCUCAUUCUUUUCUGUACUUGGAGAGCAGAAAUGGAGCAAGAGACCCUCCGUGCUAAUGGCUUCUUCGUCCCCAUCCACCUCCGGGAGGAGGAAAAGGGACAUCUGGGCACCAAAGUCUCGUCACCAUCAUGUGAGUUCUUCCGCUUCCGUCCCUUUGCAUUUGCUUCGCACAGACCAUUUGGUUAACAUGAACGAAGUACUGAACGCUAUAGAGCAAAGUUCAACAGAAGAUGAACUCUUUGAUUUCCUAGCUUCCUUGAAAAGGGAUGCCACAAAUUGUCGCCCCUCUUUGAGAUUGAUGGUGUCCAUACUAAGUAAACAAACAGAUUGGCAAAAAACUUUGGCAAUUCAUGACUGGAUGAUGGAGAAGGGGGACUACCCACCUUCCGUUUUUUCCUAUAAUGUCGUUCUUAGGAAUGUACUGAGAGCGAAACAGUGGGAACUCGCCCAUGGCCUUGUCAAAGAAAUGAGGGAGAAUUCAGUUUCCCCAGAUAAAUUUACAUAUUCUACAUUGAUCACGUCAUUUGGGAAACAUGGAUUCUUUGAUGAAUCGCUCGCUUUUCUGCAGCAGAUGGAGCAGGAUAGAAUUGUUGGGGAUCUCAUAAUCUAUAGUAACCUCAUCGAAUUGGCUCGUAAGCUCAAGGAUUACUCAAAAGCAAUAUCUCUCUUUACCAAACUAAGGAAUGCUAACAUUUCCCCGGACCUUAUCGCGUACAAUUCAAUGAUUAAUGUGUUUGGUAAGGCUAAACUCUUCAAUCAAGCACGCGAGCUCAUUCGCCAAAUGAAGGACGAAGGAGGUGCAGUUGCGCCGGAUACAGUGAGCUAUUCCACCUUGUUGAAUGCUUUUGUUGAAGACGAGAAUUUCUUGGAAGCGUUAUCAGUUUUCUCAGAGAUGAAGGAUGUUGGUGUUCCUCUUGACUUGACGACUUGUAACAUAAUGAUUGAUGUUUAUGGGAAGUUGGACAUGGUGAAAGAAGCAGACAGGCUGUUUUGGAGUAUGAGGAAGAUGAAUGUUUCACCUAAUGUUGUUAGUUACAAUACGAUGUUGAGAGUCUAUGGCGAGGCAGAGCUAUUUGGGGAGGCCAUUCAUCUUUUUAGGUUGAUGCAGAGGAAGGAAAUUGAACAGAAUGUAGUGACGUAUAAUACCAUGAUCAUGAUAUACGGGAAAUCUCUGGAGCAUGAGAAGGCGACUAAUUUGAUUCAGGAGAUGAGAGACAGAGGGAUUGAACCUGACGCCAUUACAUACUCUACAAUCAUAUCUAUAUGGGAUAAGGCUGGAAAAUUGGACAGAGCAGCAGUUUUGUUUCAGAAACUGAGGAGUACCGGUGUGAAAAUUGAUCAAGUUCUGUACCAAACGAUGCUUGUGGCUUAUGAACGUGCAGGCUUGAUUGGGCAUGCCAAGCGUCUGCUUCAUGAACUAAAGCACCCAAAUGAGGUUUCUAGAGAAACAGCAAUACUUAUUUUAGCAAGGGCAGGUAGAAUUGAGGAAGCAAUUUGGUUGUUUCGGCAAGCUUUUGAUGCCGGCAAUGUAAAGGAUAUCUCUGUCUUUGAGUGCAUGAUUGAGCUGUUCUCUCGAAACAAGAAACAUGCAAAUGUGAUUGAAGUUUUUGAGAAGAUGAGAGUAGCUGGAUAUUUUCCUUGUUCAAACAUUAUUGCAGUUGUGUUGAAUGCUUACGGAAAACUCCAGGAAUUUGAGAAAGCAGAAGCUGUUUACCAGGAGAUGAAAGAAGAGGGAUGUAUAUUUUCAAACCAAGUGCACUUUCAAAUGCUGGCAUUGUAUGGAGCAAGAAGAAACUUCAAUGCGUUGGAGGCACUAAUUGAUGAAUUAGAAUCCAACCCGAAUGUACAUAAGAAGGACUUGUAUCUUGUAGCAGCAGGAGUAUAUGAGAGAGCUAAUAGAUUGAAUGAUGCUUCUCGUCUUAUUAGCCACAUAAGAAAAAGAAAUAGAUAGCAAAUGCAAGAAACCGGAAAUCAUCUUUCAAUUAAUUGAUACAUUCUAUUCUCAUGGUCUAUAAUUGAUCUGAUCUUGAAAAUCGGCAGGAGGUAGGAGGAUAUGCAUUCAAAUUUAGACAAUUGUAAAUUGCAUGAAGUAGAAUGUUUACAUGUAAAUUCUUCAUAUUUCUGUCUUAAACCACUGGGGCUUUGGCAGAAAACUUCAUUUAAGCUUUGUGAGUCUGUGUCAUGUCUUGCCAAGUUGUGCCAUAAGCGCAGAUGAGGUACCCAUAAAGGUGUCAGGUGGUUCAAAUUUUUGUAGAAUAUGAUCCAAUAAUUUGUAUAAUUGUGGUUUCAGCUCAGGAAAUAAUUUUUGUCAUCCAUUGGGUUGUGGCGAAGGAAUGUUAUGGCUCUGUGACUUUUGUCAUAGAGGGAGCAAGCAUUCCUUCAAUUCUUAAUGCACCUUUUUUGUAUUCCUUUCCUCAUACUAGAUCCUUGUGAUCAUGUGUUAACAGCCAAGGUUGGUAAAGCUGAUCUCUUACACAUCUUUCCCUUUUUCCAGAGGAAACUAGAAACUACUUGAUUCAGUGACUAAAAUAUCACUUCUUUUGAAAAACUGAACUGUUACGAUCAUAACACCAGCAGUACUUAGAAGCUCUUUCUCUUCCCCUGUUCUGUGCCAGAAAAGGUUAUCAAAGUAAAUGAGAUUGUUUAGCUGCAUUGGUUCCUGCCUUGUACAUCAUUAAUUGGUUUCUUCCAAUGUAAUACUUAUAUCUGGGAUAAAUGAAAGGAGUUGCUCCAUUUGUACCAAAAUUUUCUUUGUUUUUCUGUUCAAAUAUCAGUUAUCAUGCCAAUGAAGAAAAGGGCCUAUAAAGAAAUGGUUGGCUCAAGGUGUCAGCAGUCAAUAUAGCUGUAAAAAAUUAUAUACAAUGAAUCUGCAAGUUUCUAGUUUCAUGAUGAAGUGAUGUAUCCAAGAAAUAGCUCGCUAACACUACUGCUCAUUUCUCAUGCCAAGAGUUACUUGGUUACCUCCACUCUAAUGUUGGCCGAUGGGGAGGGGAAUCCAACAAAAUAUCUUACCUUUCUUCUUUCUUUAUUUUUUCCCCCAUUUCAUCAAAUCUUUUUACUCAGGGAAGCCGAAUAUUGUCUGAAGUUGAAAGGAUAUAUUAGUUCUUUUUGUUCUUUACCUCUUUAGGGUGGUCAGCAUGUCUUAAUCCUGCUUGCAGCUGAAUGGUUUUCU